UUACCCAAUAUAAAAUGGAUGAACUUCACAUGGCCGAUAUUUUAGAAGAACUGGAAGAUGCUGAAGAAGAUAAUGCAAUUGUUCCAGCUUUACGGGUUACAAUUGAUCCGUUGGAGACAUUACCGGAAAAUCAAUUUGUUAAAAUCUUUAGGGUGUCAAAAAUUUUAUUUAGAUUUAUUGUGGGGUUACUUGCUCCAUUUAUGCGUCCUCAAAAUCGUGGUAAAGAUUUGGCUAUAAACACGCGUGUAACUAAAAAUUUUAACUAUUUACAACAUCUAAGAAUAUAAUCUAAAUUCAUAUGAAAUCAGUAUAAAUAUGGUACUAUUAUUUUAGGUGUUGGCUGCUUUACGGUUUUAUGCCGGAGGGAGUUAUCAAACGGAUAUUGGUGUCAAUAAAUGCUUUGAACAGACCACAGAUUCUGAAUAGAUUUAUCAAAUUUCCUCAAGAUAUUCAAGAAUUGAAUAGUUGCAGACGAAAAUUUUACGAAAAAUUUGGUUUUCCUGGAGUGGUAGGAUGCAUAGAUUGCACUCACGUUGCAAUAGUACCUCCUCCAGGUAAUAAUCCUGAAAUGCCAGAAAGGGCUUUCGUAAACAGAAAAGGAUACCAUUCUAUUAACGUACAAUUGAUUUGUGACUCGAAUGCAAAAAUUUUGAAUAUUGUAGCAGCUCAUGCCGGCAAUACGCAUGAUUCUUUCAUUUGGACCAAUUGUGAGGUCGAAAGGGUGAUGAGGCAAAUCCACGGUGAGGGACGAUCAAAUUAUUAUUUGUUAGGUGAUUCAGGUUAUCCUCUCCGACCAUGGCUACUAACAUCAUUUAAUUAUGAGCCAGCUCCUGAUACACCUGAAUACAGGUACAACGUGGCUCACAAAAGUGUUAGGAGUAUAAUUGAAAGAUGUAAUGGGAUACUGAAGGCCAGAUUUAGAUGUUGCCUUAAAGAUCGAGUGCUGCACUACAAGCCAGAAAUGGCGUGUAAAAUAAUAAACGCAUGUGCUGUUCUUCACAAUUUGUGCACAGACCACCACAUGCCUGUACCCGAGGAUGAAGAAGUAAUAGAUGUGAAUGACGGUUUAAUUCAAGCUCCACCAUUGGAAGAAAACGAAAGAGCACAAGGACGCAUUAAUCCAGAAUUAGUGGCGGGAAGGAAUACCCGUGCUCGUUUGAUUCGAGCUAGAUUUCAAUAAACCCCAAAAACUAAUUCAUUAUACUUAAUUUUCAAAUUAUUAUUGAUAAUAACAACAAAAUUCUAUUCUUCAACAAGUAAACAAAAAUUACGGUUUCAAAGUAAGUAAUGCAUUUGCAAUAUUAUUCAGUGCUGCAGCGAUACUUUGUACCUCCUUUGAUUGGUUUCUUAAAACCUCCAACUUUUCUUUAUAAUAACCUUCUUUAAUUUCAAGCUUUUUUUUGAGAUAGCUAGCAUACUCGUCGUGGCUUGCCCGUAAACGUUUCUGCCUUUUAGAAACAACAGGGACAUUAGUCACCGGUGUUGGUGCUGUUUGGGACUUCGAGGGCAAUUUGCGAUGGCUAGUAGGAGGCGAGUAGGAAUUUUCUGUUCUAAAGCCAUCACAACUAUUAACAGACGAAGGGCUAAUUGGUGGCGAUACGUGAAAACGUACAUCAGCAGAUGUUGAAGGCUCAUUACUUGAAAUUUCGUGAGACGGUGUCUCUGUCGACCCCCACGUCACUACUGGCUGUGGCACAUUAAGGCCCCUGAUAGCCAUGGGUGAUAUUAAAGUGGCAAUAUCUUUUUCCAAACGAUUUAACGGUUGGAUAUCUGCAGUACCGCCCCCAGUUUUUUUUGUUUCUUUUAAAUUUUUUGCAGCUUUUUGUU